AUGUACUUGAAUUGCAGAUGGGAUUUUUAUCAAACAGAAUCACAUAUAAUAUUGAAUAUACUUAAACGUGGUGUAUCACUGGACGAAUGCAAAGUGAAAUAUGCCAAUCAGUUUAUCGACGUUUUAGUCAAUGAUGCAUCAAUAUUUCAUUUGGAAUUAUUGCAUCCCAUUGAUUCUUCAAACCUACAAGUUAAAUGCACGCCAUCUAAGACUACAAUAGUAAAUUGGGAUAAAUUUGCGAAAGAGGUCGACGAAGAAGAGGAUAAAGUGGAAGGUGACGACGCUGUCAAUCGAAUGUUUCAGAAAAUCUACGCAGAGGCGGAUGAUGAUGUGAAGAAAGCAAUGCUGAAAUCGUAUACGGAAAGUGGUGGCACCGUAUUGAGUACGAAUUGGAAUGAAAUUAAGAAGAAACGAACCGAAAUCAAGCCACCCGAGGGUAUGGAAUUUAAACGGUGGAAUGAUUGA